GACUCCCUGGUCUACGACACAUCCGGGCGGCUCCGCUCGAAGCGCUCCAGAAACUUCUGCACGGCGGUGCGGCUAUAAGAGCAAGCCGAGUCCUCUGGCAGCUUCAGCUUGUCAAGCAAUUCCUCAGGACGACACCGAGAAAACACCGACAUUGAGUCACCAUGGUGCACGAAACCGGCUACUACGACCUCCUGGGUGUCAGCCCAAAAACGUCGAUGGACGAAAUUAAAAAAGCCUACAGAAAACUAGCCCUGAAAUACCACCCCGACAAGAACCCCAACGAAGGUGAAAAGUUCAAGCUCAUCUCUCAAGCAUAUGAGGUGCUGUCUGAUCCAAAAAAGAGGGACCUAUAUGACCAAGGAGGAGAGCAAGCUAUCAAAGAGGGAGGCAUGAACUCAGGGGCUUCGCCAAUGGACAUAUUCGACAUGUUCUUCGGAGGUGGAGGGAGAAUGCAGAGAGAGAGAAGAGGAAAGAACGUUGUCCACCAGCUUGCUGUCACACUUGAAGAGAUGUACAACGGUUCAACAAGAAAGCUUGGACUUCAGAAGAAAGUAAUUUGUGAGAAAUGUGAUGGUUACGGUGGUAAAAAGGGAGCCUUGGAGAAGUGUUCGAAUUGCAAAGGCAGAGGAGUACAAAUCAGAGUGCAACAGUUGGGACCAGGCAUGAUUCAGCAGAUCCAGAGUAUGUGUCCCGACUGCCAGGGACAAGGGGAGAAAUUUAACUCAAAAGACCGCUGCAAGAACUGCAACGGACACAAAGUGGAACGCAAGAAGAAAAUUCUUGAAGUUCACAUUGACAAAGGUAUGAAAGAUGGUCAGAAAAUCACAUUUCAUGGAGAGGGCGACCAGGAACCGGGACUAGAACCCGGGGACAUCAUCAUUGUCCUGGAUCAGAAGGAGCACUCACGUUUCCAGAGACAAGGCAACGAUCUGAUAAUGAAAAUGGACAUUAAACUUGCAGAGGCCCUUUGUGGCUUCAGAAAGACCAUCCAGACAUUAGACAACAGAAUGCUCAUCAUCAGCACAAAGCCAGGAGAAGUAAUCAAGCACAACGACAUCAAAUUUGUUCAAAAUGAGGGCAUGCCAAUCCACAGGGAUCCCUAUGACAGGGGAAUGCUAAUCGUUCAGUUCCAGGUGGAGUUCCCUGAAAACCACUGGCUGCCAGAGCAUCUCAUGUUCCAGUUGGAAAGACUACUCCCUCCCAGAGAAGAUGUGAUGAUCACGGAUGACAUGGAGGAGGUGGAUCUCUGUGAGGUUGAUCUCAAUUCGCAACAAAAGCGCUACCACGGAGAAGCCUAUGAGGAGGAUGAAGAGCGUCCCAGGGGCGGAGUGCAAUGUCAGACACAGUGAUCGUAGUUUAGGUUCCAGAUCUGGUUUUGGAAAAGGUUCAACUCGCUGCAUUUGCAAAGUAUGGACUUAAAAGCAUGAGUUGAACCAACACAGCUGCCAAUGUUUUUUGACAGAAACGUACUUGAAGUGGUCUUCUGUUAUACAAACUGUAUUUUUGUGUCACUGAUUCUUUUUGUAAUUUUUUUCUUUUCUUUGUAUGUAUAUAUUUGUUAUCAAUGGCAAAUUCGUUCUUUGCAUUCAGAACAAGAAAGGACGAUUUGUAUGCUUUCUGUGAAGGUAUUAUCAGUUAAACACACUUUGGGUUAUUUAAUAAAGUCUAGGAAUCUUAAA